UGGAUCGCGUACUUCCCACCAUCGAGAGAAUCCGACUUCGGAGACCGAGUUAGGGCUGGAUCGGGUUUCGGUAGGGCGUCGAAUAGUGACGAAGACGAUACGUCGUGUGGUAGUUUUACGGAAGUGGAUUUAUAAAACGCUUCUGAAGCACAGUGAAGUUCGCUCGGAUCAAUAUGUGGUCCAGAGUUCAAUAGUGACGACAGCAACAGGAUACUGA